CUUGAUGAACCUACAAUGAAAACCAAUGUAGUAUCUACAAGUGUUUGGAGGACACAAACACUAAGGAAAUUUGUUAAGUUGGUAACAAGUUGUCAACACUCUUUGAAUGCUAGAGCAGAGGUUGAAUGUUAUUUCAAUAUUUUAAAAGAAAAGAUUGAGAGUGUUACUGGUACUAUUGAUUUUAAUGAACCGGUUGAAGGUAUUGAAAUUGUUGAUCAUGAAGUUAAGAAUCCGGCAAAAUCAAGACCUAUUAGAGAGAGGAAUUAUAGGCCUAAGAGUAAUUUAAAGAAGGCUUAUAACAAAGCCAGGGGUCAGUGGUUGAAGAAAAAGUCAGUAUACACUCCUUAUAAAAGAUCUAAAGGUCAAGCAGUAGUUCAGGUAAUAAUGCACAUUUAUGUUUUUGUUAUUGAUCAUUUAUGUUCAAGAAUUGAACAUUUUUGUUUUGCCUUAGGAAUUGGACGAGAAGGGGUGUCCUAUAUCUUAUGCUAAUUCUUUGGCUGAUCCUAAUGAGUUAAUUGUGAUUGAAGAUCCAAGUGCUCAGGUAAAAACUUAUUUUCUUUUUUUUUAUCUGUUUUUAUUAAAUUCUUUAGAAUAUUAAACAUUUUUACUUUUAAUUUUUUUUCAAGGUUUGUAAUAAAAAGACUGCCAUUGUAGAAGAUAUCCCUUCAGAUGAUAGUGUUUCAAAUGACUUUGAACAGGAAUAUGGAUAUAGCUCUAUGCAAUCAAACGUUACUGUUGAUCCAGACAUAUCUUCUAUUGUUAAGGGUAAAACAGCUGCAAUUGCUCAUGAUGUUGAUAAUUUUCCAACAAGUUCUCAAUUGCCACCAAAGAAACCAAGAAAUGUACAAUUUCCCACAGUUGUGCAUGCUCAAAUCAAUGCUCAAGCUCCUUCUAAAGUUUCUAGCAUUGUUCAAAAUCCUCCAAAAGCUCCAAGAAAUGUUCAAGUUCGUUCUAGUGUUCCGAAGAAAGUUCAAGCUCCUUCUAAUGUUCCAAGAAGUACUCAAGGCUGUUUUCGGAAUGUUCAAGUUGAUUCUAGUAUUUCAAGAAAUGUGCAUGAUGUUCCUAAUGUUCCAAGAAGUACUCAAGGAAAUUCAAGGAAUGUGCAAGUUUCUCCUAGUGUUUCAAGGAAUGUUCUACUUUCUCCUAGUGUUUCAAUGAAUGUUCAAGGAUCUCCUACUGUUUCAAGAAGUACUCAAGGAGGUUCUCCACAGAUUUCAACCAAAUAUGAUAGGUUAUUAGCGUUUUUUGAUACUAGUGUGGCUAAGAGAUUGGCUACAAAUGGUAAAUAAGAGAGUAAAUCAAUAUGCAAUUAUGUUUUGGUGUUUAACUA